CUACAGAAGGAUACGGUGCAGCCGACGCAGCACCUGAAGGAGGUGCUGGGGGAGAUUGCUGUGAAGAACACACGCGGGCCCUUCAAAGACCUGUGGGAGCUGAAGAAGGAGUACAAGGCGACCGGCGCAGAGGAUGCACAGCAGCAGCAACAACAAUAG